AUGUGGCGCCAUGCCGUUCAGAGAAACCGAGGUCGGUGGAGGCUAGCCGACUGGUACCCUCGAGCUCUCCAAGAUGAUUCUCAGAGCAGGUGCUCACUGCCACUACCAUCCAAGUCGGAGACAUUAGAGCUGGUCCAUGAGUAUUUUGAGACCUUCAACAAGGCCGUGCCGCCAUUCAGGCCUGAAAGCUUUAUGAUCCAGGUCAACAGACACUACUCGUGGAAUCCUAACGAGGGAUCCUCAUGGUGGGCUGCAUUUAAUAUUGGUCUUGCCUUUGCAUACAAACAAAGAGCCGAGGGCUCAGGAGGCAGCGAUGACUGGCAACAGUCCCUUUGGCCACGAUAG